GUAUAACUCUCCGAACUUUUCUACUGUUUUAGCGGCCGCCCGUUGAAAGUACCGUAUUGGAACUACAUAAAGAUCAAAGUGAACUGAAUUCAGGUUGGCUGAUGGGCUCCCCAUGGUGGGAACGGUUCCCCCUGCUGUCGGACAAUGGCACUGUGCGCAAGGAUAACAGCUGCUUCAGCGCUACAGAGGAGAGCACGGUGCUUGGGGGGGUCAGCUUUGGUGGUGUCCCCGUUGUGCUGUUGCUUGACUUCAUCGUCUUCCUAGUGCUGCUCGGCCUUUUCACUUGCAUCAGGAGGAAGCUGUGGGACUAUGGAAGGCUGGCCCUGGUUGCUGAGAACAACGGGUUCAAUGGAAACUCGCAUCAUCGCUACGACCGUAUGUCAUCCUAUUUGUCCAGUGCCGAGGAGCAUGAAUAUGAGAGGGGUUUCUGCUCCUGGCUGCCUUUUGUGAUCCGUAUGGACGAGGAGAUGGUCAAGGACAGGUGCGGCAGCGAUGCCGUGCAUUACCUCUCCUUCCAGCGUCACCUGAUCGUGCUGAUGGUCAUAAUCUGCGUGUCUUCCAUGGCCAUCAUCCUGCCCGUCAACCUGUCCGGCAACCUGUUGGGUAAUGAUCCUUACAGCUUUGGAAGAACCACCAUUGGCAACCUUCAGAAAGAUGACAAACUGAUGUGGCUGCACACAGUGUUUGCGGUUCUCUACCUGAUCCUCACAGUGGCGGUACUGAGACAUCACACCUCCCAAAUGAAGGACAUACAUACGGACACAGACAGAAGAACCCUUUUUGUGUGCUCCAUUCCCAAAGAUGCCAGUGAGGAGAGUAUAAAGGUACACUUUAAUGAGGCAUAUCCUACCUGUCGUGUUUCAGAGGUGCGCCUGUGCUACGAUGUCGCCAAGUUGAUCUACCUGGUUAAGGAAAGGAACCGUGCAGAGAAGAACCUGCUCUACUACAGGAAAGUGUUCGAUCGUCACGGCAAACGGGAAGUGAUCAAUCCCCGUCCGUGCGGACACCUGUGCUGCUGCGACGUCCAAGGCUGUGAGAGGGUGGAUGCCAUUGACUACUACAGUGCGCAAGAGGUGGCUCUACAGGAGGAGGUGAAAAAGCAGAUGGCAGAGGUGCCACAGCGCCGCCUAGGAAUGGCUUUUGUCACUUUGCACUCUGAGGCCAUGGCAGCUUAUAUCCUGAAGGACUUCAAUGCCCUGGACUGUGCGGGCGGGGCUGGGGGUGUGUCCUCGGGAGGUCUGAGCGGCGGGUGUGGGUGUGGUCGAGAGCCCCAGCCUUCCUCCGAGAGCCAGGCCCUGAGAGUGUCCCGCUGGAGGGUCGGCUAUGCCCCCCACCCCAGCAACAUCUACUGGGAGAACCUGUCAUUGCAGGGCUUCCGCUGGUGGCUACGCUGUCUGUUGCUCAACUUCUGCCUCUUCGUCCUCCUCUUCUUCCUCACCACACCAUCCAUCAUUAUCAGCACUAUGGAUAAAUUCAAUGUCACCAAGCCCAUCCACUACCUCAAUAGUGCAGUAAUCAGUCAGUUCUUCCCCACGGUGCUACUGUGGUCCUUUUCUGCUCUGCUGCCCACAAUAGUCUAUUACUCCACCCUCGGGGAGUCUCACUGGACCAGGUCUAGCGAGAACAGGUCCAUGAUGCACAAGCUCUACAUCUUCCUCCUCUUCAUGGUGCUGAUUUUGCCUUCACUGGGCCUCACCAGUUUGGACGUCUUCUUUCGAUGGCUGUUUGACACAAAGUUUUUGUCUGACGGAAAACUGCGGUUUGAGUGUGUGUUCCUGCCAGAUCAGGGGGCGUUCUUUGUGAACUACGUGAUUGCGGCGGCGCUGGUCGGCUCAGGCAUGGAGCUUCUGCGUUUACCUGGGCUGCUCCUGUACACUGUGCGCAUGGCGCUGGCCCGCUCCGCCGCUGAGAGGAAGUACGUUAAGCAGAGUCAGGCGUAUGAGUUUGAGUAUGGCGCCAUGUACGGUUGGACUCUGUGUGUUUUCACGGUUAUCAUGGCCUAUAGUAUUACCUGUCCCGUUAUUGUACCCUUUGGUCUUCUGUAUGUGAUGCUGAAGCACUUAGUCGACAAACACAACCUGUACUUCGCAUACCUGCCCGCACGCCUCGACAGGCAGGUGCACCUGAGCGCGGUCAACCAGGCGCUGGCCGCGCCCAUUAUCUGCCUGCUCUGGCUCUACUUCUUCUCCGUCAUCAGGACGGGCUUCACGACGGACACCUCCCUCUUCACCUUCAUCAUUCUUUGCGUGACCGUCGCUAUCGGCAUCAGCUACACCUGUUUUGGACACUUCAAGUACCUGAGUCCCCACAACUACAAUGUUAAAGAGGACAGCAGUGAGGAAGUAGAUGGAGUGGAGUCAGUGGAAUCAUCUGCGGCCUAUCUUCCUGCGGUGCUGCAGUCGUCUUCCCCGACGGCUUCCCCUUCCCAGAGCAGACAGGACCAGUCCUAUGGGACUUUGGAGACGACCCCGCCCUCUCUGCAGUUCACCGGGGUGGAGCCAGGAGGCUCACCAGUGGAACAGGACCAAUGACUGCAGAGAGCUAUGAGCUAUUCAGACGUGCCCUCGCGAUCCAGGCAGUCCAAACUGCGGGUCAUUCACACAGGACCAGAACAAUCAACGUAGCCUGUGCCAAAAUCAAUGUGUCAAAUGGAAUAGACCAAAGCAAGCAAAUAAUCCAGUACAUCACAUAAAUUGCAUAGCGCCCUGAUUUAACGAUCAGUACUCAAAGUGUCAGAUAGACUGUUGUGCAGAAAUAUCUCGGUUUGUCCUUUGUUUCGCUUAGUGAUUUAGCUAGUGGAUCAUGUGACCAUAUGAAUGUGUUUCUCUAUGCUGUAACUCCCACAUUCUGAUCCCUUCCACUCUCCCCUCUCAUUUUGACCCCUUCCUGUGCUCCCGUUUUGCUGCGACCCCCUCACCGCGUCUCCCUUGCUGGGAUCGCCUUAGUGUGUUGGUGUCUCCCCCCUCCUUGUGCUCCCCCUCCCUGACAGUCUGACCCCC